AUGGCAACACAGUUCAUCGGCUUGCAUAUGCGGGUGGUGUUGAGGGACCCUCCUGGGAGCGAACUGACAGGGACAGUUGGCAAUGUCCAGGCAGGGAGCGGCUUAACAUUGACUAACGUGUUCAUCUCAGAUACCAAACAAUGGCUUCCUCACUUGCAAGUCCACGCCGCCAACAUCGCCGAUCUUGCUGAAGUCAAGAACAACACACCAGCGACAUAUGCGCCUGCUCCAGCCGAACCCAUCGCUGCACCUUUCAUUUCGCAACCACCGCCACAACCUGCCUUUGUAGACCCUGCGAUCCUCAGUCUGGGAAGACCGCCAGCAGCAUUAACGCCGUCAGGCUCCGACUCAAGGGCCCCAUUGGAGGAUGGAAGAGCUGAAUUACAAGUUGCUCCUAUGAGUGCCGCUGUCUCAACACCGGGCCGGCCCACCCCUGAUCACGAUCUGACUGGUUCUGUCAGUAAUUUGGCCAUCAACGAAGCGGUCCUAGAAAUGGACAAUGGCCAGCCAGUUGAAGGACAGGCACCCCGAUCUGCCAAGAAGAAAAACAACAACAACCGACGCUCUCGCCAGUCAAAGCAAGGAAAGGGCCAGCGUGCUGAGGAAGAUGGUCAACCUAUUGAGGGCUCGCCCGCUAGUGGCCGAGGCAAGGGGUGGAGGCAAACACCAAUCCUGCAGAGUACAUCGUCUUUUCAACCUUUCCAGUAUUUGAAAAAGAGCUCCAAGGGGCGCAAAGGUCUUCUUGACAACGGUUGGGCAUCCGAAGAUGUCACAGAAGAGAUGGGCGAGUUCGAUUUUGAAAACAACCUUGCAAAGUUUGAUAAACGUACCAUCUUUGAUCAGAUGAGGAAGGAGGAUCAAACCGACGAUGCCAGCCGAUUAGUGUCUCACAAUCGAAAACCAAAACCUGGCACAGCUGGCGGAAAGAACCUGCAUUACACGGAAAAUGUACUGGACCUGCCUUCUUCAACCAAAAAAGAUGCAGAUUUCUGGAAUAGUGAGGCAGAUGAUGGACUGAACGAGGCUGAGAGGCUUUCUGGACGGGAGGUUCGGAGUGGUCAAGGUAACAGGAGAGCUGAUAGCAAAUCGGGGCCGUCACGACGAUCACAGUCACGCAAGGCAAGUGCUGUUGCGAUAUCUGGCGGCCUUCCGCUAAGCCGCGUCAAUUCUGGCGUACGUGCAAGCCAUCUGUCUCGGUUGUCUAUCUCUCGACCAGAAUCUCGCAGUACUAACAGUAGACAGCAAGGUCACCCGCCUGGCUUAUACCUCGUCCCUUCGCAUAAGCGUCUUGAAACCGUUUCUGCCUUGCAGAUGCUUAAUCUCGAAAACAUAGCAGCGAACGAGAUCGGCUUAACAGAACAACUCAUGGCUGAGAACGGAGGACGAGGUAUUGCUGAGGUUACUUUGAUAGCCCUUUCAGAUCCUGCUAUCAAAGUGCGGUUCGGCCUUGCUGGUGCCAAUCCCUCUUCCAGCGCUACAUUGACGAGUCCGGUAGUAGUGAUCCUGGCUGGAAAUAACAAAUCGGGUAUCCGAGCUAUUGCUGCUGCACGUCAUCUGCGGAACAAAAACGUCAACAUGCUCGUGUGCUUAGUGGGUAUUGAACGCGAGAAAGACUUGCUCGAGGACCUGCGACAACAAAUUCAACUUUAUCGAGCUUUUGGCGGUAAAAUCCUCAGCAAGGCAGAUCUUUUCGAGCACUUGCGCAAAGCAUCAUCAUCAGGAUCACCUGUUUCAGUCUCACUCAUCAUCGAUGCUCUUCUGGGCUUGACCAUAUCGUUUGAGGAACUGCGAACUGGUGACCAGGCUGCUGUGUACGAGUUGAUGGAAUGGGCGAAUCGAAACGAAGCGUUUGUGCUGUCAGUUGAUGUGCCAACAGGUAUCGACCCGACGUCCGGUAAAGUGGCAGUGAUAGAUGGCAGCCGCUUAUUCGUGAAGCCUCGAUACGUUGUUGCAAUGGGUGCUCCCAAGCGAGGCCUGCUUGAAGCCGUGACACCGCCAGAUGAGGAUGACCCUCAGAACAUGAACAACGCCGGGCACGAAGAAGAAUGGCGUCUAUUUAUCGCGGAUAUUGGCCUGGGAAGUGCCGUCUGGAGGAAGGCUGGAACCAAGAUUCGAAGAGGCAUCGACUUUGAUGAGAAGUGGUUGCUCGAGAUGAAGUAUCGGGAUGGACAGCAGGACGGAACCGAGUCUGAUGAGGAAUAG